AUGGCAGGACCUGGCGGAGGACCCUCCAGGCGCAGCCACACAAAGUCCAGAAAAGGAUGCAAAACAUGCAAGAAGAGGCACAUCCGAUGUGAUGAAACGUUUCCGCAAUGUCGUAACUGCACGAAACAUCAAGUCCGCUGCGAUUAUAUGGACAGUCCAGCUGCGUUGAUGCCGCCGGAAUCCCCAAGGUCUCCACAGCAACCGAACCUUCUUUGGACGCCUGAGAUAGAUGCAACCAUUGAGCAAUGGCGGCAGACGGGAGUAUGGCCAUUCGACCACCUACAAGUUUAUCCUCAACCGCAAUGGCGAAUCUUCCCAAAGACUGACUUGCGUCUGGUCCACCACGUAGCGACCAUCUCUAACGAAAUGUUUUCACAUCAAACGUCUAAACUCACUCUCUGGACAGACAUGAUGCCAAAGUUUCUGAGCAUCGCCGCAUCGCAUCCGUUCGUGAUGCACUCUAUUCUCGCAUUUUCUGCGUCGCAUUUGGCGUGGAUCAGUCAGUCGAGUGAAACGCGAAAUCUCGCGUUUCAUCACGCGGGCAUCGCCUUGAAGGGCUUGCAUGAAGGCAUUGCGAACUUCACCAAAGUCAACUCAGAUGCGGUGCUUGCGUCUUCGCUUCUCCUGGCAUGGCAAGCAACUGAUUGGCGAGGUUGGGCUUCUUUGGUGACGGGUACGAAGACGGUCAUUCAAGCAAUGCAUUCAUGGCGGCAUGAGUCCAUGUUCGCCGACUACAUCGCUGAGCAGACACCACUUCCAGGGAGGAGUUUUAUGAACCAGAACUACUCACCGAUCUCAUCAGAGACCAGAAGGGAGCAUCUCACUAUUCUUGCAGACAUUCAAAAUUCACUGGCACGACUUCAACCCUAUCUCAGUCUCACCCGCCACGAGCAGGAAGGAAAGUGGGUCGAGCAGCUUCGCAAUUACAUCGAACGACUACGAGCAUCUGGCGCCGCGCAAACGGCUGAGGAGCAAUUUGGACAGCUCUAUGCCCUACGGAAGUGGCUCUUCUGGGUGCCGAUAUCUCUACUAGCUGCGAAGCACACUGAUGCCACCGUCAUGGUUGUUCUCGCACACUUCUACGCCACUGCCCUAGCAUUGGAACCAAUGUUUCCCGAGAUCGGUGCGGCCUUUUGCGCCAACCGCUCUCUAGGUCCUCUGGAAGAGAUCGUAGCUAUUGCUCAAGGUUAUCAGAACCCAUCCUACGAUGAUCGCACGCAGUCUGUGUCGUAUCUGAUCCAAUACCCUACCGAUGUUGCAACCUCCUAUAAGGCUCGUCGAGACUGGAUGCGCCAACAGGCUGGAGAAGGUUCGCCAUUGCCGCAAACGCCGUACGGCUUGGAGGCGUUGAAUAUGGAUUUGCAAAACUUGGCACAAUACAGCUAUGGUCAGAGCCUGAGUCCAGCGUUCGCGCCAUCGCCCCUCAACUUCUUCCCGGCGUCCACGUUGCCCGGAUUGGCGUCCGGUCCAACUUCGCCGUACCUCGAAGUACCACAUGUACCACGCACGAGCGUCGACCUUUCGUAUAGUAGUCCGUCCUACACAACUCCGCUGGGGUCUCCUGCGACCGGUCCUUAUUCGGUACCGGAGCAACCACAUCCAUUCAGUUUUGGUAUGCCUCCUAUGGGAUACCACCCCAGCGGGUUCGUGACGGCUCCUACUCAGAUCUGGACGUAA